UUGUGUUGACCACACAGAUCUUCGCGGUCAGCCACAUCUCUCACCGCGUCGCUCCUUGUCCAACGUGGCAUAGACUGCUGCCCCCUUGUGGAGUGAGUCACACGGACUCUCUGGUACCUAGCAUUCAGCUGAAGGAUUCGAUACGUCAGGCCUUGGCGCUGAUCUGUUUCUACAUGAAUGAGCGAAAUGCCUCGAGCGAUGUACAUACACGAUAUUCGCCAUGUCUAAGUCAUAUACCAUCGAAGAUGUUCUCGCCACGCCCACUGCGGAGGCGAUCGACCCCGAAAUCGUCAAAGACAUCGUUAAUCGGCCUCCAUUCGUCCAUAUCCCUGGGACCUUCAACGCACGAGACGUUGGCGCUAACGAACAUGCUGGAGUGCGGUCUGGCUACAUUUUCAGAUCUGGCACCUUCGAAGACGCAGACGAUGCUACAUUAGCAUCUCUACAGAAGCUGAACAUCACGACAAUCUACGACCUGCGCACUUUUCGCGAAACUCAAGACCACCCCGAUCCGCAUUUUAGUGGAGUUCAAAUCCAAUGGUGUCCAAGCACCGUUGACAAUGACUUGGAGAAGAACUUUCAGGCCAAGGUUGCGCAGAAGCUGAAUGUGAGAUGCUAAAUAAUAAUGAAAUAACUUCAGUCCUACGGCUCAUAAAGAUAGAUCCAUGAAGAAUACGCAAAAUUAAUGCGUGCACACGCACCCAAAUUUGAAGCCGUCUUUCGCCACAUCCUCGAGCAGCCCGACAAGCCCUUCCUUUUUCACUGCUUUGCGGGGAAGGAUCGCACUGGAAUCCUGGCAGCCCUCAUCGCUCUCUUGGCUCAAGGAGAAGACCGCGAUGAAGCACUUUCGGCAGCUCAACGCGACUAUGAUCUGACGAGGGUCGGCAUCGAGCCCGUACGGGAGCUUUUGCUAGCGAAG